AUGAAUUUUAGAUUUUUGAAUACUACCCAAAGAUUGGUUCGACCGACAAUAAAUACUUUUCGUGUAGCACUGCCCGCAUUUCAAACAGCUGGUUUUCAUGCUGGACGCAUAUUAUCAAUUCAACCGACAAAAGCAGUCAGAGAUGGAGCAAGUUAUAUCAAAGGCACAGUCAACGAUCCAGUAGAGCUUCCAGCACGCGACAAAGUCGCCGGAGCAUACCAUUGGGAUUUUGAACGUCUCCUCGCUGUCGGAUUAAUCCCAUUGACUAUCGCUUCUGUAGUUAAUGGGGCUCACCCAAUCACAGAUCUGGCAUUGGGAAUAGCGCUACCGAUUCAUGCUCAUAUUGGCUAUGACGCUAUCGUUACCGAUUACUUGCCUGCACGUCGUAAUCCCAUUCUAUAUAAAGUGAGCACUUGGGGAUUACGCGGCGCGACAUUGUUGGUGCUUGUUGGCUGUUAUCAGUUUAAUACGAAUGAUAUUGGGAUGGCUGAAUUGGUGAAGAGGGCUUGGCAUGCGUGA